AUAACGAUACAUGGCAUCAUUUCCGAUAUUAUAUUUUUAAAAAUUCCAUUUUCUGGAUUUUUUUCAGAAUUUCUGCAGAACAGUCCGCUUUUAAGUAAAAGGAAAAAUGUGGGUUAUUUAGUGGCACUUCAGUUGAUCCAGAGCCCUUGGUGGGCAAGCCAACGUGCCACUCAAAAAGUAAACAAUCCCAAUACACAAACGCAGCUUGCUGCGUAGAAAACUGCCAUAGAACAAGCAAAUAAACUGGACAAGCCUUGACAACCAAGAGUGGACUACCCCAGCGCAGACGAGGGACAGAGAUGUCCAGCUCCCGGCAUCGCAAACCGGCGAAAUCCUCCCGCGUGCCGCCGCAGGCCAGGGAAUACAUCACGGAAUUGGCCGAGGAUCGCGAGUUGGAGCGAUUCAUGGCCUUCUCCUCGACGGCGAGCAGCGGAGCCAGUGGCAGCACCCACAGCUGUGCCCUGGGAGUCGUCCAAGCGCCAGGCAUACCCUCCACCGCCAGUGGCUGCGCCAGGAAACACGGAUCUCGACCGCAAUCCAGUCACAGGCGUCGCACCAAGAGCAAGGAGAGUCCACCAGCUGGUGGAGAAGCAGAGGAGCGACUCCUGGAGCUGCCUCCUACGACACCAACCAGCAAGCCCAGCCUCCCCCAGCUGAGUCCUCAAAAAACCCAAGGAACCCUGGCGAAAUCCGAUGAAUACACCAUAAUACCUAUUCUAAUUUCCAGGAGUCCGAGUUUACGUCCAGCGGCAGCCACUCAAACCAUGUCCCUAUCCGUGGAGGAUCUAAGGACACCCACCAAGCCGCCGAGGGAGAUGCAAACCAAGAAAACCCAGACACCAGAGUCGGCUUUAAAGUCACACAAGCGCCUGGAAUGGGAUCCCGCGGCCGAUGUGGGCUACUACAAGAGGGCGGUGUCCACCAGCAACAUCAGCACGCUGGAGCGUUCUGUUCUGGAGGAGUGCGGCUGGCGUCAGCCGAUACAGCAGCGAUCGGAGACGGAUUUGGACAGGUUGCACCAUCAGGAGGCAGAGGAGCCGUCGCCCAUGCCGGAAAAACCGGCGCCACCACUGGCUUCCAGUACUUUCGUCAACCGCAGCCAACGCGGCAAGCCCUCUCUGGGGAGUUCCAUAAGCUCUAGAAAGGAGGAUUCGCAGGAGGUUUCGCACAGCAGAUCUGGGAAGGAGGAUUCUGGCAGUAGCUCUCGGCCAAAGGAUUCCCGCAGCACCUCAGCCAAGGAGUCUACCCACGGCAGUUCCUUUAAUGAAGCUACCCAAGGCAAUUCAACGAAAGAGGAUACCCACAAGAGUUCUAGGAAGGAAAAAACCCAACACAGCUCCCAAAAAGAAGACACCCAAAACAGCUCCAAGCGAGAGGCCACCCAAAGUGGCUCCCAAAAGCAAGACUCCCUCGGCAGCUCCAGAAAAGAGGAACUGAGGCUCAGCUCACGAGUCCAAGAUCCUCAGGUCAGUUCCCGCCGAGCAUCGCUGAGUAGCUCGCAAAAGGAAUCACUGGGCAGUUACAGAAGGGGCGACUCCCGGCUCAACUCGCAGAACAGCUCCAGAAUGGGAUCACAAAUGAGCUCAAGAAUGGGGAAUUCUCGUUUAAGUUCUAGGCGGGAAUCCCAGGCUACCUCGCUAUGUGGCAGUUCGGCGGCCAGUAGCUUCGAUUACCACAUAUACAUGGAGCAGGAAUUGGAGAUUGCCAAGCAGGAGCAAAAGAAAUCAGAGCAGAAGGAAAAUGGUGCCAAGGAGCAGCCGGAGAAGGCUCUGGGACCAAGGGAGCAAAAGAGAAAGGACAAGGACCACCAUCACGAGAAGGAACCAACGAGAAUUCAGCAGCUCGCCAAGGAGCAAAGGAAAGCCGAGCAGCGGGAAAAGGAGCGCGAGCAGGAGCGUCAGUACACGGCGGCCCAGUUCGAGAGGAUCCUGGGCAGUCGACGGCACGAAAACAAAGAGAACCAGCAGCCACAGGCGCCGGCUGCCAAACCAUCCAUCACCGCAGCUGCCUCCACAUCCUCCUCUUCGAUAGGAAAUGCAUCCGGAUCGGGGCACCGAGGAGAACUGGAUCUGGGAAUCGAUUUGCUCUGCUCGCUGGUGAAAACUCGCAGCCUCAGCCAGGGACAGAAAAAGAAACUGGUUAGGGAUAUAGCCAGGCGUAUUUCCUGCCUAGAUUUGGCCGAGUCCGGCAGCAGUUUACGUUCCCUGAGGAGCAGUCAGUCCAGCAACCCAAAGGAGCAGACAAAAGAGCCAAUCCCCUUGCAGCGGCAUGAUGUGGCUACCAAUACCUCGCAAGCUGGUUCGCAGAGAUCUGACAAAGGAAAGCCUCAAACAUUACCCGUACCCGCUCCCCGAAAGCGUGGAACCACCGGCACGCCUUCACCACUGCCCACUAGUUUCUCGAACAGUGGCUCCACGAGUGCCUCGCACGAGGUGAUCACCCAGAAGACCAAUGUGCCAACUCGCGAUGCAGCCUCCACGGAUGCCGAUGCAGAGGCCGAGCCCUCGGAGCUGCAGGAGUGGCUGAAUCCCAUGACCCAAAGCGAAAUAGAGUACGAGCAGCGUUUGAGGGGAGGCGGCGAUACGGAGCGGAGGAACCAGCUGAACUGGAUUCACACGGAGAUUCAACGCCUGCAGGCGUUGCAGAAACUACUGGCCGAUGCCAAGACCGCUUUGCCAAGCAGUUCCAUGCAGAUCGAAACAGGCAGGGAGUCCGAUUGUUCCAAUGGAAAGUUAGCUGUGCCUGCGGUGCAAAUGCCAGGUGGCCAGGAGGAGCCUGCUGCAGUGGUAAAGCCAUUGCCGCAGGGUAUGCCAGUUGAAGCGUUUGUAGAGGUGGAAAAUCCAGGAACACCCACCGCUCCCCAGCCUCCAGUAAGAGUGGAAUCGGUGGGUGUGGCACCCAAGGGGCUGCCUUCGUCUGCUUCGUCCAUCGCCACACCGCCGCCGCCUCCUCCACCGCCCCAUCUUAGCCACCCCAAGCCACAACAUCGCAAGAAGAUGGCCACCCCUGUACUCCAAUCGCAUAGCUCCACCAGCGGCGGUGGCCGCAGCGAGAGCGUUUGCUCCUUUGUCCAGCAAAGGCAGCGACAGUUCCGCGAGCACUAUCAAAAUCAGCAGCAGCAACUGCUCUUGCUGCAGCAACAGCAGCUCUACCAGCAGCAGAAGCAACUCUACCAGCAGCAGCAGCAACAUCUCUUCAAGCAGAAGCAGCCACAUCACGCUCACCAGGGAACAUAUGCCCAUGAGCAGCAUUGCCCGCAAUACCAGAGGCCUGAGCAGGAAAGACAUGAGCAGCACGAGGAGCAGGAGCAAUACAUGCAGAUGCAGUACGCCCAGGCGACGGGCAGUGCGUAUGCCACGCCUCAUUUGAGUGGAAGCGCUGGCUACAGCUGUGCGGAUAACGAGGGGGCUAUCUACUACCAGGUGGUGAACUCUCAGGCAGCUUCCAGCUAUGUGCAGGCAGCCAUGGUGGUCACAAGAACGACACCAAACGAGGGAGCUGCAGCAAGAGGAGCAGGAGCAGGCGCAGCAGCCGGGUCGGGAGUGGGCAGAUCCACCACAACCACGACCAGCUCCUCGUCCUCGAUGAUGUGCAUCAGUUCGGACAUGUCCAUACCCAUGGGCAUGGUGAAUACCUGUGAGACCACCACAACGACCACCACCCAUCAGUACGACGAUGUGGCCUGCCAGCGGGUCAGAAGAGUGGCCAAAGAGGCAAGGCGGCAUCCGGAGAGUAUGCGGCGACAGACGCUGCAGGUGCGUCCGCGUGCCAUCGCCUAUGUCAUCCAGUUCACCUCGUCGGGGGGCAGUGAGGUGCUGCCCGAGACGCGUUCCCUGCAGGAUCAACUGCAGCUGGCCCGCCCCGAAUUCUGCGCCAAGUCCAAGCAACGCAAGGCCAUACUCAAUCAGAUGCAGAUGAUCCGGAAUGUGCGGCGGCGCGAGAUGGACGAUCUGCUGGGCGAGAACACCAGCUUGGAGACGCUGGACAGGCGACUGCUGCAGCUGCCACCGCCGGCCACUUCUCGCUUGAGGAUUUUCACCACCAGGGAAAUGAAGGCCAUGACCAGCAAGCGUUGUCAGAGCUUGCCGGAAGUGCUGGCCGCUCAGAAUCGCCAACUGGAAGAACGGAGGCGUCGCUGCAAUCGCCUGAUGCGGGAUGUCUUUAAUAAGCGCCUCCAAAAUCGCGUGGCCAAUGGACAGCUCUCGCUGAAUCACAGCAGGACCAUCAUCUAGCGAAGAUCGACUUUUGAAUGCCAUGGAGCUAGAGCAAUGACACCCCAGUACACAGCCCACCAGUUCAAUUUUUACUUUGCCAUUGCCAGGCUUUUUAUUUGUUCAACUCUUCAGCUUAUUGUUAAACCGCGAAAAUUAGUAUAGGCUAGUUAACUACAAAGCAAACAUGAACUUGUAUGUUUAUAAUGUACAAUCAGCAUUUAUCUAAAUUUAUAAUGUUUUUAAAUUAAAUAAAUUUAUCAACACGG